AUGGCUUUCCGUUUCGUAACCAAACGUUCGGUCGACCUGGCCUCACGCAUCACAUCAACCAGACGGCCAUUUGCGCGCAUACCUUAUCAGUUAAGAACACAAAGCACAAUAUCGACCUCGAUCUCGACCUCUACUUCUCGAGCUACCCCUCCUCAACGAAGUCUUCGAUUGUCGAACCCUCAGCGCAUUACUGCCACACGGCAUUGCUCCUUUAAACGGAAUAUGUGCAAGCACGGAGAAGCUGCCGGCGCCGGCACGCUUAACUACCCGCGGGAAUUGCUGCCUGCCAAUGUGGUUCCGCGACACUAUGACUUGACUCUCGAACCUAACUUUGAGACGCUCAAGUUCGAUGGUCUUGUCAAGAUUGACUUCGACGUCGUUGAAGACUCCAACACGGUUUCCCUCAACACCCUCGACAUCGAAAUCAAACAUGCCACGCUGUCCAUAUCAGCCGAGGGCCAGCAAAAGAGCCUCACUGACCCUGUGAUUACCUACGAUGAGCCGAAGCAGACGCACACAUUCGAGUUCAAGGAUCGACUUACCAAGGGUGAGAAGGGCACUCUUGAAAUCAAGUUCGUCGGUGAACUCAACGACAAGAUGGCUGGCUUCUACCGCUCAUACUACCCUAAGCCUGAUGGCUCCAAGGGCAUUCUUGCCACCAGUCAGAUGGAACCCACCGAUGCGCGCAGAGCAUUCCCUUGCUUUGACGAGCCUGCUCUGAAGGCAGAGUUUACCGUUACUCUGAUCGCUGACAAGAACCUAACUUGUCUUUCCAACAUGGACGUUGCUGAAGAGAAGGAUUUGCCAUCGGGGAAGAAGGCUGUCCGAUUUAAUAAGUCUCCCGUCAUGUCAACAUAUCUCGUUGCUUUCAUUGUUGGCGAGCUCAACUAUAUCGAGAAUAACGACUUCCGGGUACCGCUUCGCGUUUAUGCUCCGCCUUCUGAAGAUAUCGAGAGAGGGCGGUAUGCACUGGACAUUGGCGUCAAGGCUUUGGAGUUCUACGAAAAGGCAUUUGGCCUUCCUUACCCCUUGCCAAAGCUCGAUCAGGUCGCCAUCCCUGAUUUUGCUGCCGGAGCUAUGGAGAAUUGGGGUCUUGUCACUUACCGUACCGUCGAGGUCCUAUUUGAUGAUAAGACGAGCGGUGCCGCGGCUAAGGAACGGGUCUCGACGGUCAUUACCCAUGAGAUUGCCCACCAGUGGUUUGGAAACAUUGUGUCUCCAGACUGGUGGCACGCCCUCUGGUUGAACGAGGGAUUUGCCGAGUUUGCCUCUCGUUACUCGCUGAACGCUUUUUUCCCCGAAUGGAAGCUGAAGGAGUCUUUCGUUAGGGAAGAUCUUCAAGCCGCACUGGGCCUCGACGGCCUUAGAAGCAGCCACCCUAUUGAAGUUCCAAUCCACAAGGCCGAAGAGAUCAACGAAAUCUUUGACAGCAUCAGCUAUGCCAAGGGCUCUUGUGUUGUCCAUAUGAUUUCCGCUCUUCUAGGUGAGGAAGUCUUCAUGGAGGGUGUCCGCAAGUACCUGAAGCGUCAUGCCUGGGGCAAUGCCACAACCAAUGACCUUUGGCAAGCUCUGAGCGAGGCCAGCGGUAAGGACGUGGGUGCCAUCAUGAACAUCUGGACUCAAAACGUCGGCUAUCCUGUCGUUUCAGUCACGGAGUCGGGCAACUCGAUUAGCGUUGAGCAACACCGCUUCCUGACUACUGGAGAUGUUAAGCCCGAGGAGGACAAGGUUCUCUACCCAGUCUCUCUGAACGUUCGCACAAAGAGCGGCAUUAACAAGGACCUGAUGCUCACGACUCGUGAUGCUAAGUUCGACAUUGAUGAUAUCGACUUCUUUAAAGUUAACGCCGACUCUACUGGAUUCUACCGCACAAAGUAUGCCAUUGACAGACUCGAAAAGCUUGGAAACGCAGCGGAGCUCCUUUCUGUCCAAGACAGAGUUGGUAUCGUAGCUGACACCUGCGCCCUGGCCACCUCUGGCUACCAGAAGACAUCCUCUUGCUUAGGUCUUUUCAAGGCCCUGAGCAAUGCGGGCGAAGCUGAGUACCUUGUUUGGGACCAGAUCCUAACCCGUCUCGGGUCCAUCAAGAUGGCCUGGAUUGAGGAUGAUGACGUCGUUGACAAAUUGACCGAGUUCCAAAGGAACAUUGUCAGUACCAUGGCACAUAAGCUGGGUUGGAAGUUUUCCAGCACAGAUGGUCAUGUUGAGCAGCAGUACAAAGCCCUUAUGUUUAGCGCGGCUGGUAUGUCCGGUGACGAAAAGGUUCUUGCUGCGGCCAGGGAAAUGUUUGAGAAGUUUGCGGCUGGAGACAAAACCGCCAUUCACCCCAACAUCCGAAGCUCUGUGUUCUCUAUUGUUUUGAAGUAUGGCGGCGAAAAGGAGUAUGACGCCGUGCUGAAGUACUACGAGACUGCCGAAACGAGCGACGAGCGUAACAGCGCCCUCCGCACCCUCGGUCAGACUCGUGACGCCAAACUUAGACAGCGCACUUUGGAUAUGUUGCUGAGCGGCAAGGUCCGCGACCAAGAUGUCUACAUUCCCAUUGGCAGCUUGCGUUCAAGCAAGGGCGGCGUUGAGGCACUGUUCGACUGGUUGCAGACGAAGUGGGACGAUAUUUACACCAAGUUUCCUGCCCAGUCUUCUAUGAUCGGAAGCAUCGUCAGCUACUGCACUAGUGGUCUCACAAAGCAGGAGCAGCUCGACAAGCUCGACAAGUUCUUUGCCGAGAAGGAGAAGAAGGGAUACGUCAGAGCACUCUCGCAAUCUACUGAUUCCAUCAAAGCCAAGAUUGCGUGGACCUCCCGUGACACGGACGACCUGCGGAAGUUCUUGGGCAUCUAA